CUGAAGUCCGCAGACACAGUAGGACAGUUGAAGAAGCCUUUUCCAAGCACAAAAUGGAAGAGGCUUCUGGGAAAUGGAGGGAGGCACUUAAAGAAGCAGCUGAUCUUGCUGGGUGGGAGUUAAAGAACACUACUGAUGGGCAUGAAGCAAAAUUCAUCCAAAAAAUAGUUAAAGAGCUUUCACUAGAGUUAUGAUCCAUUAGUUUCACAAUUGAUGAAAAAUUAGUGGAAAUGGAGACUCGGAUCAAAGAUGUUGUAUCAUCUUUAGGAACUGGUUUUGAUGAUCUUCGCAUGAUUAGGAUCAAUGGGAUGGGAGGUGGUGGGAAGACGACUUUGGCAAGAGUUGUUUUUGAUCAAAUAUCCUUUCAGUUCAAAGGUAAAAGCUUCGUGGAGAAUGUGAGGGAAGUUUCAAAUGCUUCUUUGUUCGGUUUGAAGUCUUUGCAAAAACAAGUCCUUCGGGACGUCUUAAAUGAUAAAGGCAUCAGAGUAAGCAGUGUUUAUGAUGGGAAACACAUGAUUAAGAGGAUGGUGCAUGAUAAAAGGGUUCUUGUUGUUCUAGAUGAUGUGGAUAAUGUCGACCAACUUGAGGAAUUAGUAGGCGAUCCAAAUUGGUUUAAGCCGGGAAGUAGAAUUAUCAUCACAACAAGAGAUGAGCAAGUGCUGGUUUCACACAGUGUGCAGUUUAUACACGACAUCAAUCUGUUAUCAUAUUAAAAAAGUAGUAUUUGCCUCUUUAGUAGGUAUGCAUUUGGUAGAGAUAUUCCAAUUCAAGGGUAUGAUAAUCUAACAAGAGAAGUUGUACGUUAUGCAUCUGGUCUUCUAUUAACACUUAGAGUUUUGAGUUCGUUUCUCUGUGGUAGAAAUGAGCUUGAAUGGAUAGAUGCCGUAAAAAGACUUCAAAUGAUUCCAUUAACAGAAACUCUGAAAAAAUUAGAAUUAAGCUAUAUCGGUCUAGAGGAGGAUUACAAGGAAAUUUUCCUAGAUGUUGCAUGCAUUUUGAAAGGUCGGACGAAGGAGGUAACAAUCAAAGUGCUUGAAAGUUGUGGAUUCCAUGCUAGAAAUGGUUUAAGAGUUCUUGAGCAAAAAUCUCUCAUAACUAUUUCUAAUUAUAAUUUAUGUGUGGGAAUGCACGACCAUAUUGAAGAAAUGGGCAGGAAUAUUGUUCGUCGCAUGUAUUCGGAUAAGCCUUAUAAGCAUAGUCGUUUGUGGAUUAGUGAUGAAUCGAAGAUAUACUGGCUAACGAUUUGGUAAGGAUCAAGUUUAUUUGUAAGUUGGAAAAGGUUAACAUGAUAAUUUUUUUUGCUACACAAGUUUCAUGGUGACUUCAUUUGGAUUACAGGGUACCAAAGCAACAAGAUUUAUAAAAUUCUAAAAUGGGAAGCUCAAUCCGCACAUAAUUAUAAAAGGUCUUAGAAAGAUGAAGGAACUUAGAUUUAUUUCAAUGGAUAUGGGAGAUCAUUUGCAGUGUUGGGAAUUUAAUACAAUGAUCAGUCCAGAGAUUCCAAAAGCUUUACGAUAUCUGGAUUUGAAGCAUUACCCUUUUAGUUCUUUACCCAAAACAUUUCAAGCAGAUAAUCUUAUUACACUUGAGAUGGUUGACUGCAAAAUUUUACAACUUUGGGAAGGGGGAGAAAGAAAGUGAAAGACCCUCACUUUCGUAUUUAUGAAAGACCCAAACUUUCAUACUUGACAAUUUAGUUACUCCAAAACAUGCUACUUGCAUAUUCAUAAAAAACAAUAUUUUACAUUGAUAAAGAGGUUACAAACUACUGGAUACAAACCGACUAUUUUAAAGUGUUAUAUAUUACGUAACUUCCCAGGAUUCUAUAGUUUUAUACAUAUGGGAGUGCAAAAUACAAUAGUUUCAAACUAUUCAUAAGCUUCUAUUGAUACAAUAGUUUCAAACUAUUCAAAAAUCUUCUACUAGUAUAUAACUAUACUGGAUGCUUAUCUCCUGCAAUUUGUUAAACAUUGAGAGGGUAAGCGGUGACGCUUAGUGAGUUCAAUAAUAGAUACAAUAUAACGUUAUGCCAUAUAUAUACUUUAAUAUGGCAGAAGCAAAGAGGGACAAGGAACAACAAGGGCAUAUGUGAAUCAUGUGACAAACAUUCCAUAUCAAUCAUUGAUUUGAUUUAAAGAUAUACAAUCAAUGACACAUAAAAAUUUCCAUGCUUGAUAUACAUCAAUAAAGCUUUGGCCCA